UAGUACUUUUACCUCUUUAGAAGUUAUCUCAAAGGAAGAAUUUUAUGGGUGGACCUAUCCCUAUAUAUUUUCUUUAUUAAGAGUAUAUACCAAAUGGACCCUUAUUUUAAUCUUUUACAAACCUUUAGGCCACGUGUCAAAGAAUUUAUCGUCUCGAUUAUUUUAUGAAUAAGUAAUGGUUGAUAUCCAUCAUUUGUAAAGUGCUCAUUUGUUAAUUACAAAUAUGUGCAUCGAAAUUUAUAUAUAUAUACCUUUAGACCAUGUGCCAAAGAAUUUAUUGUCCCGAUCAUUUUAUGAAUAAGUAAUGGUUGAUAUCCAUCAUUUGUAAAGUGCCCAUUUGUUAAUUACAAAUCUGUGCAUCGAAAUUUCUAUAUAUAUGUGUGUAUAUAUCAAUAUUUAAAUUUGAUCUAUUCAAACUUAUCAAUCAACAGUAAAUACGUUGGUUAAAAACUUAAUUCCAGAUCGAAUUCCAAUCAUCAUCUUUAAAAUGGAAUUUAAAAAUCAUUUUGAGAACAUCAUUCAUAGAGACAACGUUCGUAUUAGUAUUAGUACCAGUACCAGCAGCAGCAGCUCCGGUGAUCAUGAUUCGAUGCUCCGUCGAAUCGAAUCUUUUCAAGUUCUCGAAAAUGGCGUCCCGAGAUUCACCGAUUCCACCGACAACAAGCUACGCUGGCUCCGCUCUCAAAUCAUUGGUGGCGAUGCGGAAUUCUACACCCCGUUUGGGAGGCACCGCCUCACUUACGCUGACCACACCGCCUCCGGCCGAUCACUCCGGUGCAUCGAGAACUACAUCGCCACCAACGUGCUCCCAUUCUACGGGAACAGCCACACCAGCGACAGCUACGUUGGGUACCAGACGACGAAGAUGGUGCACGAGGCGGCGGAGUACGUCAAGAAAUGCCUCGGCGGCGGCGGAGAUGACGCUUUAAUAUUCUGUGGGUCGGGUUCCACGGCGGCGAUCAAGCGCCUCCAGGAAGUGAUGGGUAUAGCUGUGCCGUCGAUUUUAAGAGAGAGAAUACUUUCGAAAUGCUUGACCGACGAAGAGAAGUGGGUUGUCUUUGUGGGCCCGUACGAGCACCACUCCAAUAUUCUGACGUGGCAGCAGAGCCUGGCGGCGGAUGUGGUGGAGAUCGGACUCGACCACCGCGGACGCGUCGACGUCGGAGCUUUGGAGAAGGAGCUCGGUUUCUACAAGUCAAAGAACCGGCCGAUGAUCGGUUCUUUCUCUGCAUGCAGCAACGUCACCGGAAUAUGUACGGACACACGCGCCAUUGCCAGGCUUCUUCACCGCUUCGGAGGGUUCGCCUGUUUCGAUUUCGCGGCAAGUGGGCCAUACACGAAGAUAGACAUGAGAUCUGGAGAAAUGGACGGCUACGAUGCGAUAUUCUUGAGCACGCAUAAGUUUGUGGGAGGUCCAGGUACACCGGGUAUACUGCUCAUGAGUAAGGCACUUUACCGGCUGGGUUCUUCGCCGCCGUCAACUUGUGGCGGUGGAACUGUUGACUUUGUCAACGGCAAACACCAGGACACACUAUAUUCAAGGAAGAUAGAAGAAAGAGAAGAUGCAGGAACGCCACCAAUAAUCCAGAAAGUAAGAGCUGCACUUGCUUUCUGGAUAAAAGAAUACAUUGGUUACAAAGCCAUCGAGAAGCAAGAGAAAAAAUACAUAGGUCGAGCAUUCGAAAGACUUGCUUCGAACCCAAACAUUUCCGUCUUAGGAAACACCACCGUAAAAAGACAAGCCAUCUUAUCGUUCCUCGUAUACUCCACUACAAAUAAGAUCAAUUCAUCGGGCCUCGAUCUGUGGAGAGAAACGGGGAACACGAUAGGGAAGCCUUUGCACGGCCCUUUCGUUGCCAAGCUUCUCAAUGACCUAUUCGGUAUUGAGGCCCGUGGAGGAUGCGCUUGCGCCGGGCCCUACGGACACAGGUUACUCAACGUUGAUGAACACCAGUCGCUCGCAUUUAGGUCAAUCAUCGAAAAGGGUUAUGGUGGAAUAAAGCCAGGGUGGACAAGAGUGAGUUUCCCAUACUACAUGGCACAGGAAGAAGUAGAGUUCAUUCUUGCUGCCAUUGAAUUCAUAGCCAUUUAUGGCCAGAGGUUCUUGAUUUUGUACCAUUUUAGCUGGAAAACUGGUGCUUGGACUUUCAAGAAAAAUAAUCCACUCAACUACGACAUUAUUAAUGGAUCUUCGUCGCCUUUAGACAACAAUAUGGUCAAUGCAUUAAACAUGGAAAAAUGUAAGGAAAAUAGUAUUGAUCAUGAACAGGAAACGAAGAAGGAAGAGGAUAUGUUAUGCAGAUACACAAGCUAUUUGGAAACUGCAAAGCGCAUUGCCAGCAUUCUUCCUAAGUUCCCACCGCAGAAACGAAUACCUCAAGAAAUUGACGCGGAUCUUGUGCCCUUCAAAAUUUAGGUUGUCGAUUUUUCACCUCCUUGGAAAAUAUAAGGAGAUAUAUAAUUGUCCCCAUGCAUAGAUAUAUACCUAGCUAAGGAGAUGUAUUAAAUAAAGCAUGCAUGCAUGGGUAGGGAAAUCUAUUUUUUUAUUCAUGAGAUGUGAUUUUCAUUUUUCCUAAAUUUGUGGUGAUGCAUAAGGUAAUGUUAUCUAAUAAUAAAAGACUAUAUUUUUCAUAUGGAAGAUCACAUUGAAGUUAGGUUAAA